AUGGGCUCAACCACUGAGGAUAGUAUACCAACGUAUCCACCAUCUCUGCCAGUACCAAAUGUACAAGAAAUGGUUUGGAAGGACCCUCUUAAGGUUCCUGAAAGAUACAUAAGAAAUGAAGAGGAAAUGCACACUAAACCAGAAUUAUCUCAUCUUUCAUCUCAAGUUCCUGUAAUUGAUUUAUCAUUGCUCUCAAAUGGAAACAAGGAGGAGUUAUUGAAACUUGAUUUGGCUUGUAAAGAAUGGGGAUUUUUCCAGGUGGUGAAUCAUGGAGUGGAAAGCAAAGUAUUGCAGGGUCUGAAAGAUGCUUCAGCAGAGUUUUUUGAACUGCCAUUAGAAGAGAAGAACAAGAUUUCAAUGCCUCCAAAUGACAUACAAGGCUAUGGACAUGCAUACGUAGUAUCUGAAGAUCAGAUACUAGAUUGGUCUGAUGCAUUGAUUAUGCUUGUCUACCCUUCCUGGUUUAGGAAUGUUAACAUUUGGCCAACAAAACCAGAGACAUUAAAGGACUCUAUGGAGGCUUAUUCAACAGAACUCAAAAGAGUAGCAAAGGAGCUACUAGGCUCUCUAUCUUUGAUCAUGGGGAUGGAGAAAGGUUAUCUUCUAGAGCUGCAUAAAGAACUGGUGCAAGCCAUGCGUGUGAAUUACUACCCUCCAUGUCCAACACCAGAAAACGUGCUGGGAAUAAGUCCUCACUCUGACACAAGUACCAUAACAAUACUCAUGCAAGAUGGUGAUGUGACCGGGUUACAGAUUCGCCAUCAAGGAGGAUGGGUUCCAGUCAGGGCUAUACCAAAGGCGUUGGUUGUUAAUGUUGGUGAUGUUACUGAGAUACUGAGUAAUGGCAAGUACAAGAGCAUAGAGCAUAGAGCUGUGACAAACGAGUCCAAGUCAAGAUUAUCUUAUGCAACAUUUUUCAUUCCCCUGGAUGAGGUAGAAAUUGGACCACUAAGUCAUUUGAUAGACACACAAGGGUCCCUUCCCUUGUACAAGAAGAUCAAAUAUGGUGACUAUGUGAGGAAUUCCAUGAAGAUGAAACAUGAUGGGAAAGCCCAUACUCAGAUUGCAAAGGCAAAAUAA